UUAAAAUAAAUUGUUAAAUGCUUCAAAGAUAGGAAAUAAAAAUGAGUUAUUUCUAAUGCAGUAUCUGUUAUCUUCCAUUUUCAGAGAAAAAUUUUAUAAUUUUCCAAAAGAAUCUUGAAUUGAAUUUUCUACUGAGCGAGGUUUGUCAUUUUAGCGGCAGAUCCUGCACGUCUGGUAAGAAGAAACCGAAUUCUUUUGACAAACAGUGAUAUAAUAAUAGUAAAACUGCAUUUGAAGAAUACAACAUAUCUAAUAAUCAUCUUUGUUUUCUUUUAGCCUUUUCAAUAAUGAAAUUUAUCAAUAAAAUAUAGUUUAAAUUAAAAACAACUUUAUGAAUUAUUUGGUUUUUCUUUUUCAUUGAGCUUCCAUAAUUAAUUAAAUUUGCACACAAAACUUUCUCUGUAGAGAAUAAAACAAACGACUAAUCAAUCAAAUUAAUAUUUAUAACUUACAGUCAAACUAUAUUUUCGGCAUAUGUCAUAAUAAUGAGAAGGAAUAAAUAAUUGAGAAAAAAAAAGACGUUUUUUUUUCAUAGGUGUUGAGUCGAUUCUUCAAGUCAAUGUUGUUGUCGAUUAGUAGAUAAUGAUGAGUUAAAACUUGUUAGUGUUGGACAUAUGUAGUUCAGAUAAAGAAGAUUCACUAGUUGUUAGUUGACGAGAACAAUAUGGUAUUGAUACUCUUUAUUUUUCAGAUAUAAAUAAAUAAUGAAUGGAUGUGGAUGAAAUCAAUUUUGAUUGAGUGUCAUGAUGAUAAUUAAAAUCAUAUAAUUUUUGUAUUUUACUAUUGAUAGCGUAGCAAAGGUGUAGAGCUGAAGAGAUAUACAUGAUUUUGAUUUCAAAUAGUUAUAAAAAUUUCGUGCAGAAAAAGAUUCCUUACAAAUCGAUUACUUUCUUCGAUGUGUCAUGUGAACAGUACAAGCACAUCUAUCCACGUAUCUUCGGACUCUUCGUUCUCGGGAUCAUCGUAAUAGAAAAUGAUAACGUUCAAUGCUGACGUCUAGUAGGUAAAAAACACCAAGAAAUCUCGCAAAAGACUGCAUAAAAGCGAUAUGAAGCGAUCUUCAUUUUUGGCAAUAGAACUUCAAUUACCAUAAAAUAAUGAUCAACAAUUUCACCAAGAGUCGAUUCUUUCCUGUCGAAGGUUUUCAUUAUUUCUUCUACUAACAACAACUGAUUGGAUAUUAUUUCACCAAUUUUAAUUAUCUCGGGUAAAAGUUGAAGGUCAAAUCGUCAAACUCAGUGUUUUGUCGAACUUACUGAAGAAAAAGGAAAACUCCUAUUGAAGAUUCAAAAUUGUUUGGAUCAUCUCAAGACAUCUAUCUCUCUGACAUAGUUCGAACGAAUUUCUAUCAACUUACCUUUCUCUAGAACAUCGCGACACAGGGUACAGAUUUUAUUACCGCAAAAAAAAUAGGCAAAGUAUGGAGAUCGAAUGCGUGCGUGCAUGAUUACAUAAAUGUUGUACUUCGCACCGCAUAAAAAAUCAAUUCUACGAAGUUGACUGAAUGUUUUACAGAAAAUCAGUGUCCUAUUUCAAAAAUUAUCAUGCAAUACAGGACUCAUUGAGCUAUACUUUUCAUAUAGAAGGUAUAGCUAAUUUUUUCGAAUGUGAUCAGUUACCAGACAAUAUCACUAAAGCGAUUAUUAUAAUCAUUAUAAAAGGUGCAGAGAUUUUCUUUUUUCGUGCUACAAGACUUCACUAUCCGUAUAUUGUAAAACUCAGAUUAGACAAGUAAAAAUAUGAUUGUCAUAAUAUUUUACAAGUUCGAAAAAAGUUGCGGAAUCGUUUUUCGGUACGUUUUGUCGCUUGUAACAAACAUUUUAAAUCAAAUUUCUUUGUACAUUUUUAUACUAGACACUUUGCUCUUUCUAACAAAAAAGAAGAAGAGAUCUCUACAAUAUUCUAUUACACUGCUGUAUCAAAAAAAAACUAAUGUAGAACUUUAGCAUCACUCGUUAGUUUCGAUAUCUAAAUAAGAGAGUUAAUCAUUAGAAGCCCUUUUUCGGGUUCGGGAGUGGUAGCUGAUUAUCAUAGGAAAUCAUCCAUAUUUUGAGAAUUUCUUCUCACAAAAAUAUCGGAUUGAACUGAAAGUUUCAGAAAGUACAUAACUCACGUUGAAAAAUCGUGUCUGCUUGGGUUGCCAAUUAGAUCAAUAUGUUUAGAAUAAUAAUACUGUUAGAUUAAGACGAACAGAAUACGUAAAUGAACAAUACCGAGCAAAUAGGGUGUGGGUGGAUGUUGGGUGGGGUGUGGGUGUGGAUGGGAUGUGGGUGUGGAUGUUAAUCUUUCCUUCAUUCAUACCCACACCCACACCCACACCCUUCUCAAUAUCAAACUGCAUGGAUUAUUUCUGAUGAUGAAGAUAAUCAGUCUCUCAAGCAACAAAAUGUUUAAUUUUUUUUUUAAUAUUAAAUCUUUUUCAAUAUAUUAGAAUUUUGAUGAAGAUCAUCAAGAAAUGAUGACUGAUUAUGCUGAUGAUCUACAAUCAAUUAAAGUUGAUCAACAAGAACAUGAAGAAGAAAUCAAUGAACUUUUUAUCAAUCGAAAUAAUUAUGAUGAAAAAACAGAUUUAGAAUUUGAAAGAUUUUUUCGGUCACGACAAACUCUUGUGGCAACAUGUUUUGAUCCAAUAACAUAUCGACCUGCAUCGGUUUUGGCAUUUAAACAAUUUCCUGGUGGUCGUCAAGAAUUAGUAGUAACUGAUUCUCUUCUUUCAGUUAAUCAUGAUCGUAUUAUAUUAAAAAGACUAGUAUUAAGUGGACAUCCAUUUAAAAUUCAUAAA